CAAAAAUUGUACAUAAAACUAAUAUAAAAAGCUGAAAGAAGAAAUUGGCAUAUAUAAGUGCUAUAUUAGCAACUACAUUAAACUUCAUACGGAGAGCAAAAAUGGAGAUUAUGGAAGAUGGGAAUUUGGUCGAUCGCGUAAGAAUUUUGUUGCAACGGGAUAUGCAAUAUUACCAGGAGAUGCAAACCGUUCUAAGGGAACCCCUCUGCAUACGCAUCAGCGGCGGGAGGCUUGAUUUUCCGCGGCACGCCUCGUUCGCCGCGAUUAAAAUCGUCACGUGGUGGGAAGCGGACUUCGUGGCCGCUUUUAAGCGCACUUCCGGUUUGAGCUCCAUCUGGGACGGAAGCGCGUCCAGCGUCGACGAUGAAGAGGGUGUCAUUAAACGGAUCCAGCCGUCCGAUUUCAUCCUGCUCGUUGUCGACACCGCCGAGCAGCUGCUAGAACAUCUACACAUGUUAAUCCAGGAAUCUUUGGAUCACGCCGAUCUCACCGUGCUCACUGCCACUUUGGGCGCGGCGGCAUUGAUACGUAACUGUUUGUGGUGUUACAAUCAGCACGCAAAAGGAAUAAUUUCUUCUCAAUCAAGCGAAAAGAUUAAUCAAUCUCACAAAGCAUUCCACGAAAUGGCCGAAGCUGUGGCGGAGAGACUGCUCGAUCUACACUGUCGAUUAAUUUCCUUAUAUAUUCUUAAUGAGGCGGACUCUCUCAGCUGGCACAGCGACAAACCAUUCUUCGAAAGGGAGCGAUGCUCCUAUGUCAUACAGAUGUGGUGGUUGUACAUGCAAGGUACUAAGGCGGAUUUAUGGAACACGGUCUCGCCUAAGAUGGCACAGCGCGUAUUUUCAGAGAUGCUAAAUGAGUCCCUGUCUAUCAUAACUACGCGAUUCAUUCACGGACGACCGACACUGGUACGAUCCGAACAAUUUUGGUCGGACGCCUUUAAUGUGCUCUGCUGCACGGGCUACCUCGCUUUAGGCGCGUGUGUCGGUAGCGACGGGAUGAUUGGUGCACGCCCGAGCAACUUGCCGACAGCAAUAAGAGAUAUACACGCAAAAUGUAACGAGCUGUUAAUCUGCUUGCUACUUAGAGGCACUCCCCUCAAGGAAUUGUACCAGAUCUUCCGACAUGGAUUGGAAAAUCUGGCAAUAUUGCGGCCCCGGCGUGGUCCUGCUCCUUGGCUGUUGAUAUGCGCUCCAAAUUUAUUAGGAUUAGGUACGAUUGAUUCUCCAGCUGAUAUUAUAACGUUGUCCGAAGAUAAAGCUGUCAUUCUUGAGUUGAAUGUUUUGAGACAUCAGCCUCAGCCUAACUGGCCCCAGUUAAUGAAGGUGAUAUCGAUGAGCAAUUACGUUGUGGCAAGGAUGUUGCUGAAGACCUUAAUACGUCAAAACGUGGGCGUCAUGUGCAUGGACGACAAUGACGCAGCUAACAGAUCGAAGAGUGACGAAAGAAGUUGCAGCGGUUUUCUAUGCAGCGAGUCGGCGUGUGACAAAACGCUAAAAAUAACUUCGACUCCGGCAUUAUACAGCUUAUUCCACGUAUUGGUGGUAACCGUCAACGAGCCGGAGCACGUAAUUAUACCGGCGCUGAAGCAGGAUCCGAAUUGGUCCAAUUAUUUGGACAGACAACAGGUCUGGAAUCAAUCGCGGCCACCUUGGUUGAAUGCGCUGAUAAAGCCGCUGAAGACCAUGAUGCAACCGGUGGCCGAAGUACUUUUAGAUGCCGCGAAAACAGGUGCCAGUAUAUAUCAAGCCAUGUCCCUUGCGAUCGGGUGCUUUGCCGAGUUGUACGUGACUGCCUCGACUCCGGUUUUACGCGCCGCGUUCGCGUUAAACGACAACAUUCCCGCGCACUGUCGGCCGAUCGGCGGCAACGUGUUGCUCCAGGUGCUGUGCGCCGCCCUGUACUCCACCCUCCUGGACGUGUCCACGAAGGGCAAAAACGAGCGCCGCAGUACACCGGGUUCCGAGGACACGUGUUGUGAACUCAGCCCUUUUAAUCCGUAUGACAGAUCUACCGCCGCAACGGCGCUCGCUGAAGCGAUUUGUAGCAUCGACGAGGACAAUAAACAUACGUCGCAGAUAGAUUCUUUCUUGUUUCUUGUAAAGGACAGCCUCAGGCGAGAGGAUCAGAAUCCGAGAAACGGCGAAUUACAGAACAUGGCUUGCGUCAUCGAAACUUACACGGACGAAUUGUUGUUCACGAAUAUCGGGCGACGUUCUUUAAAAAUUGCAUACGAGUAUUUAGUUCGAGCGUCCGACUGGGUAUUAAAUAAUUUACGUCGCGGCGAGGAAAGCAGGGAGGUAGAUUUGAUUAAUCUGCCGGAAAUCUCGCCCAUCGUGAAACCUCUCACACAUAUAAUGUUUCACAUCGAGGACACGUGCUUUGAUCAAUUUAUGGCUAAUUACGAGGCAACGAACUGGUCGAGGAUAUUAACGAUGCCUCUGUCGAUUCCUUUGGAGCGUGUACGAACUCAAGUUCUCCUAAGACCGGAACUCAAGAACGUCGGGGAUCUGAGCCAUGAAGAUAAAGAAGUGGCGCAAUCUAUCAAAAGGAUUUGCUCGUUUGUCAGAUCAGCACGUUUUAAAUAAGUUGUUACUUUACACGUGUGGUGUUAAGUAAUAUCUCUACUGUAAUUUAUUCUCAAUAUGCUUGAAUUUUAAUUCUGUAAUCAAAUGUACACGUUUGCCCAAUAAAAUGACGGAUCCUUGAAA